AUUUUUGGGUUGUGUGACUCAGCAGAAUAUCCAUCACUUGAUUGGUUUUGUGUAUCAUCAUUUAGCACUGCUUUCAUUUGACAGAUUUUCACUCAGGCAGAUGGAGCUGUGCAUGUUGUAUGCUUUCUUGGCACUUCAAGUGGUGUGUUUUAUCGAUGGCUAUCCCAGCGGUGCGCCUACGGGUGCCUGCGAGGACAUGAUACCUCGACACUCCGGGGUGCUGCCGCAGCCUUCACCUGCACCCUACUCUGUCCUCACCAACGCCAAGAAUUACCAGCCGGGGAUGCCCAUCACCGUGACGAUCACUGGACCAGAAUACAGAGGUGUGCUUCUGGAGGCUCGAAUAAGCGGCAGCACCAACGCUCUGGGGACCUGGAAACUUCCUCCUCCAGACACCAAGUUUCUUGAGUGCAACGGAGAACCACAAGGUGCUGUUACUCAUUCCAACACCAACCUGAAGGGCAACACCACCGUAUACAGAUGGAUCCCACCCAAGUUAACAAGCCCUGUCUACUUCAUGGCCACCAUAGCUCAGCAGCGCACAGUCUUCUGGAUUAAUGUGAAGUCCAGCACUCUGACCAGCGGGAAACCAGGAGGUCUCAGUUUUGCUACGGGGGCAAGUGCUGGACGGGCUGACGAAAAACCUCUGCUCCUCCUCGUGUUGGGUUUUCUAAUGUUCCAAAUGCUAGUGUGAACAGAAUGUGAUAAAUAAAACAAAGGCAAUCGAUGACUGUUACAGUGUUUUACAAAUCCAAGAAUCUCUUAUAAUAAAAUGAUUAAUUUGAA